AAUUACAUUUUUUUCUACAGUAACUGUAAUAUAUUACUGUUACAUUUAUUUUGUAAUUAAAUUACGUAACUCAAUUACAUGUAAUGCGUUACUCCCCAACACUGCUUAUAAUGUGGUCUAUACCGAAGGCUUGGGCUUGUGUUUUCUGUGCGCCCCGCCCAAUUUAACUGUUGGCUCGUCACCCAUUCUCACCACGAAUCAGCAUAUUUCCCUGUAGAAAUGAUAGUGUCAACACGACUAGUUCAAACGAGGUUCCUCAACGCUGGAGAAUGGUAUUGAUUUGAUCUGAAAUAAUAAAAAAAAAAAAUCCGAUGCACUGCGUUAGCCUAUGUUGUUUGGCUGCCUAUUUUUGUCCCAGCAUUCGUAGCCUUCGGCGUAACUAGGUGGAAGUGCGACGGGGGUGUCGUCCAUUAAUGCACUAAUAUUGACAUAUUGAGGGAACAGCAGUUGCAGCCCAUGAAACUGGGAGAGUGAAACAUCACUUGUUAUCCAACUAAAGCAGAACUGUGUAAUACAUAUUUGAGGCUCGGUAAACCAUAUUUUCUGAAAUUUGGGCGUGAUCAGUGACACUACGUCUCUGACAGCUGACGAAUCGUAUGCUCGCACUUUCAAGAGCAGUAAAACCAACAACAAAUGGGUUAUCAAAGUGCCAACAACUUACACGUCGUUUAAAUUUCCGAUGACAGGUCAUCAAAGUGGAUCGGUUUUGGUAUACUUGGAUUAAAUGUGUAGCUGGACUGCAACUUCUCAAUUCUCUCAAUUAUGAGUUGGAACAUACAAGCUAAACACUUCACUGUGAUACUAGCUGCGUUUCUGGGUGGACUUAGGAGUAGUUAUUUUGGAUAUUGUGCACCAAGUGGGAAUUCAGGUGAUGAUGCUUUCACUAUCCAACAUGUGAAUACUUCUCAGUGCCUGGUGGCGGGUACAGAUACCCAGUCCCUCGCUCUGGCCAACUGCAGCACCACCGACCCACCAGGCACAAGGUUGUGGAAGUGGGGUUCUGGCCACCGACUCUUCCAUGUGGGCUCAUCCCGGUGCCUGGGCCUGGAGGUGGGCAAGAAGGCACUGGUGCUGUCUGACUGUGACUCGGCAGGCACCAUGCUCAAGUGGCUGUGUGUGGGCCGGGCUGUUUACACCAACUACGAGAUGGGCCUGACCCGUGACGGCAAGACAACGCUCGUGAUUGCCAAGCGGAAGCCCACAGAUGGCUGGAGCCGAGGGGGCUCAGAGGACAACAUCUGCCAACAGCCAUAUAAGACAAUACACACCAGGGAUGGCAAUGCUUUGGGAGCUCCCUGUGUCUUUCCGUUCCUCUAUAACCGUACCUGGCACCAUGGCUGUCUCCCUGGCCAACCUGGCCAAGAGAACCUUCCAGAGGGUAUGAACUGGUGUUCCCCCACUAUGAACUAUGACCAGCAAAGAAGGUGGGGCUUCUGCCUGCAGCGCGUGGACGGCUGCCACACUCUGUGGGAGAACGGUACCAACGGACACUGCUACCAGACAGUAGCCACGGCAGCGGUCACCUGGUACCAAGCGAGGGACUCGUGCCGGAGUCAGGGAGGAGACCUGCUGAGUGUGUCCAGUGCAGCCGAGCUGAAAGCCUUGGAGGCAAUGAACCUACCUGAUAAGCUCUGGAUCGGACUGAACCAAAUGGACUGGGCGGAGGGGUGGCAGUGGUCUGACAGAUCGCCACUGCAUGUGGUAAAUUGGGCAUCAGACAUGCCCACCGUGAUUGGCCUGGGUGAGCUGGACUGUGGUGUGUUGACCUCAGGGACGACCUUUGAGAAUGCUAUGUGUGAGAAAAAGCUGCCGUACAUCUGCAAGAAGCUCAGCAUCCCUGAGCCCCAACCUACAGAGAGGGUGGUGCACAACUCCACGCAGUGUGACGAUGGCUGGUUCCCAUGGGACAGCCGCUGUCUCCGCCUGUUCAGGGAGACCAAGAGCCAACCCAAGGCCCAGGAGUCCUGCAAAAGCAACAACGCCAGCUUACUCAGCAUUCACAGCCUGGACGACAUGUUUAUGUUCAAUGUCAAAUUAUCUUCAGAGAGCAUAGACAUGUGGAGCGGUUUAACGGGCAAUACGAGCGAUAAGUUCCCUUUGGUUUUCACGUGGCAGGAUGGCUCUGAAGUCAGCUACACACACUGGGCCAAAGACCAGCCACGCGUUGAGCCAAGCACCAACUAUCCAAUCUGCGUGCGCUUCACUGGCGAGAACCAUGACUGGAUGGUGUCGGAUUGUGCCUUGAAUAUGCCUUACCUGUGUGUGAAGCAGGGUGUAGUGAACAAGAGUGUCCAUGACGAGGGCUGUGAGGGGGACUGGAGAAGGCAUGGUGAUGCCUGUUACAAGGUGGACCCCACCCCUGUUUCUUUCAAGCACAGCUGCAAUCUCACCAUCACAGACAGGUUUGAGCAGGUCUUCAUUAACCGACUCCUGAGGGAGCAGCUGGGCAGUAAGACACACUACUUCUGGACUGGACUGCUGGACAUCAAGGGCAACAGAGAGUACGGCUGGACCAACGGAGAUAAUGUCACCUUCACCAACUGGGGCUGGGGAGAACCAGACCCGAAUGGUGGUGGCUGCGCUGUGAUGUCCACCGACAGGCCCAUGGGGAAGUGGUCCAUUAAGAACUGCAGCCUGUUUGAAGCUGGCACCAUUUGUAAGAAAAACCUGACGGCCCUGAAGCCAGCACCCCAGAUUAACGUCAGUGCACCUUGCCCGACUGGCUGGUUUUCCAGACCGGGCAUACCAUAUUGCUACAAGGUGUUUCAUGAGGAGCGCUUGACUAGAAUGCGUACGUGGGUGGAGGCGGAGGGAUUCUGCCGCUCACUGGGUGCUCACCUGCCCAGUUUUGGCCACGUGGUCGAGAUGGGCGCACUACACUAUGUUAUGAGGGACAGCAUCAGUGAUGACCGGUACUUCUGGGUUGGGCUGAACCGCAGAAACCCAAACAGUGAGAACACCUGGGAAUGGAGCGACGGCAGACCGCUGUCUACCUCCAUGUUUCCAGUGGAGAUUCAUGAGGAUGACGAGUAUAAUCGUGACUGCACUGCAUUCAAGUCACUGCGUGGCACUUUCAGCCUGCUGUACUUCUUCCUGCCUGACCUCCCAGCACGGCCCUUCUAUGCCACACCUUUCCACUGUGAUGCCCCGCUGGAGUGGGCCUGCCAGAUCCCCAGAGGUACCAUUCCAAAGACUCCUAUUUGGUAUAACCCAGGGGGCUUCCAUAACACGUCUGUGUUUGUGGACGGAGAGGAGUUCUGGUUUGUGAAGUCGCCGUGGCUCUCUUACGAGGAGGCGAGCAUGUACUGCUCCAGCAACAGCAGCCGCCUGGCAGCACCCGCCAGCGCCACUGCCAUACUGGCCAUGCAGCAGAAGAUGCAGCAGCUUUCUUUAGCUAAGAAUCUGAAUUGGUGGGCUGACCUAACGGAAAUAGGCCCCAAUAUGCCCCUACCUUUCUCUAAGAUGCACUAUCAUACCUCGUUCCUGGCCCGCCGUUGUGCCUCCCUCAAUCAGGAGUCAGCUUUCCCAGAGUACAGCGAGAGAUGCACAGCAAAGCUACCAUUUGUGUGUGAGGUGUUGAAUGUGACCACUACAGAAGCACAGCCAAUAGGGCCACAUCCUGAUGGCCUACCCUGUGAAGAUGGCUCCAUUGCCUUCAGAGACAAGUGUUACACUGUGAUCAAGCCUGUGGAAACCACUGCAAAGAAGGCCAAUGAGAUCUGCAGCAGCCACAGAGGCCAGCUGCUCACCAUCAGAGACCAGGUGGAGCAAGACUUCAUCACCACCCUCCUCCCCCAGAGGACGUGGAUCGGCCUCAAGCUCAAGUUGAACCACAUGCAGUGGGUAGACAACACACCCGUCGACUACCUCAACUUCCACCCACUGGUGCAUGGACAGUACCGACGCAUGCACAUCAAUAUGUUUAACCCAGAGGCGCUAGAGCUGUGCGCGUACAUCUUCAGUGAUCCAAGCUCUGACGUGCUGGGCACCUGGGAUUACACGUUCUGCACUGACUUCCAGAAUAUCUCCAUCUGCCAGCACUAUGCAGACAAGCCUGAGGUGGCGCAAAUCUCCGAGGAACCCUUCACCGUGCUCAACCACACCUACCAGCUAGUGAAGCAGGAGAACAUGACGUGGUUCGAUGCACUUGAGCUCUGCAAGAACCAGAACCCUAUCAUGGAGCUGGCCAGUGUGGCCGAUGCAUUCCAGCAGGCCGUACUGACGGUCAACGUGAGCCGACUGGGCAGACCCGUCUGGAUCGGCAUGUACAGUGAGGAUUAUGGACAGAACUACCAGUGGACCGACCGCAGCCACACGGUGUUCAGCCGCUGGUCCCGAGAGAGCACCGCAGGUCGCUGUGUCUACCUUGACACGGACGGCUUCUGGAAAGCCACUGAAUGCGACCAGGGCCUAAGUGGAGCCAUCUGCCACAUUCCCCAUGAAGAUGUCAUCACCCCGGAGUACACCUCCAGUCUCUGUCCCCACAAGGGCAAUGGCCCCAACUGGUUCCCCUACAAGAACAACUGCUACACCUUCCAGCUGUUGCACUCCAGAUGGGACCACCACGAGAAAGGCGAGGUCAUGAAGACAUGCAAGCAGCUCGACCCGUCGGCGGCGCUGUUGACCAUCAGGGACGAGUAUGAGAAUGCAUUUCUGCGGGAGAAGCUGCAGCCCCUGAAGGACCUGGCCCAGUUUGUGUGGCUGGGGCUGUACAAAGACAAUGCCACCCAGCAGCUGAAGUGGUAUGACGAUACGUAUGUGCAGUACUCCAACUGGAAGCAUGGCCGGCCAGAGGUGAACAGGGAGUUCCUGGCAGGUCUCAAUCUAGAUGGAAGCUGGGAUCUCAUCUCCAAGAAGGAGUACUUCCAGCACUUCCAGCAAAGGAGUGUAGUGGCCUGCAAGAUUGAACGCAAUCCCCAGAACGAAUACCGGAUAUCUCCAUGGGAGGUGAGGAAGUUUGUUAACAACAGCUACCAUGUGGUGGGCCGCAAGCUCACCUGGUUCCAGGCCCAGGAGGAAUGUGCACGGGGCGGCGGCCAUCUUGCCAGCAUUCACAAUGCUGCCCAGAGCACCGAGCUGCUGGCCAUGGCUAAAAGGGAUGGUUUCCCCCUCUGGAUCGGCCUGUCCAAUCAGGAUGUGAGCCUUGGUAAUGGUUCACGUUAUGAGUGGUCAGACGGUUCUAAGUUUGACUACAGACCAACAGGUUUCCACAACGGCUCUGUGGUGGACGGCUGUGUGUUCAUGGACACCUCCGGGAUGUGGAUGAGCAUCAGCUGCCAGGAGGAGAUGGAGGGGGCCCUUUGCUACAACAGCACCUUAGAGCGCAUGAGCCCUCAAAAAGCGCUGAAAUCCAGCCUCUGCCCCAAGGCGGACAGCAUCGCUCAAUGGGUGGAACAUGAGGAACACUGCUAUGCCUUCGACAUGACUUUCUACAACUACACUGUCUACACCCUUGACGACGCCAAGAGAGUCUGCAAGGAGCUAGAUUCAUCAGCACACCUGCUCAGCAUCAAAAGUGAAGCGGAGAAUGAGUUCAUCUCCAAGUACAUCAGGGACAACCCCCACAUCACCAGCCGUGUGUGGCUUGGCCUCGAGUCAGACAUAAAAAGCCAUUUAAGAUGGAUGGACAACAGCACAGUGGACUUCUCCAAAUGGAAAGACGAAAAGAAACCUCCGCCUCCAGGCAUCUGCGCUGUCAUGCUGACCAAUGAGAAAGGCAGAUGGAUACAGACCAACUGCACAUAUAGCCGCAGUCGCAUCGUCUGCAAGGCCCCUAUGCGGUCAAGUGGCAUCACACCAGCAGGGAUCUUCUGCAUCAUUGUUAUACCAGCCAUAUUUGGCAUUGCACUGUAUGUUGUCUUCAAGAAGACACGCCAACACUUCUUUACCGCUGUCCGCUACCAGCGCAGCUUCGAUGAGGUCGACAGCACAAGCAUCAUUAACGACACUGAGUAACUGCACUCCUGCAAACUCAAGAGCACAGAAAAAAUACAAAUCGUGCCUUUCUGCAUAUGGACAUGCUUCCAACAUCAACUGAACCAAAAUCAAGACUACACUUGCUCUGCAUAAAGACCAUUAUUUAUUAUCAUAACCACCGCAGAAAAAUACAUGAACUGAAACAAGAAUUCAAGCUGAUAUUCACAGGUGAUAUAUUGACUGAAGUUCAGAAUGAUGUUUCAGGUGAUAUAAGAUCCGGGUACACAUUUUAUUUUAUUUUAUUGCAAUUUUAAGUUGGUUUUAAAUGUGUUAACUAAAGAUUUUUUUUAAAUGAAAAGACAAAAUGCAGGGCUGUGGAAUGUUAAAGGUUACAGUGAUGGCACUGGAUUGCUGACACUUGCUUUAGUUACAGUAUGUGUUAACACUGGUUGUUAUGUGAGAAUUGAGAACGCUGUGAGCAGCUCAAACCCCCAUUGGUUUGCGUAAUGAUUUGAUUGACCACUGAUAGGGUCUCGUGUGUGUUUCAAACUAAGUUGUAAAAAAAACAUUUAUAAACCUAUUUUGAUCAUAAUAUAAGAUACACUCCCACUGUUUUUAAGUUGUUUUUUUAUAUAUAUAUCAAAGUACUUUGAUAUAUUUUUGUUGACGUCAAAGUCGCUCUAACUGUGAUGACCUGAGUGUAUGAAUUAAUAUUUUAAGAUUAUGCUUUUGAUUUCUAAAAAAAAUGUUUACAUCUCUGAGUGGGUUUGAUGCCGGAGUUGGUGUGAUUCUUAAUUCAUGCACUGAUCAAGGCGUAAAUGCCCUCUUGUGUUAACUAAUUGGCUAAACUUGUAUUGUUUGAUUAAGCAAUUAAUUUUUGAAUUUGUCUAGAAGGUAUUUGAUUCAGUUCUCCCAAUCACUCCCAUGAUAUUAUGAGUCAGUUAAGUCCAUGUGUUCAGAUGUAUUGUGCAAUCCAAAGUGUUAACAAAUGGGAGACCUCACCCCUCUUCUUCUAUGCACUCAAACUACUGAGAAUUCGAGCACUUUAAAACUCUUUCCAUUUAUGUGUACAUUGCAGUGCAGUUGUGAUUUCUGUAUUUUUUUUUAAUAAACACUUAAACAUAUUGCUUAAGCAUA